CCAAAGCCCAGAUGAACUCUAAAACUACUAUGGUAUCCCAGCCUCACAUGUGUCUAAAAGCAGACGCCAGCCAUACAUAUCACCCGAAGCACAACCCACAAUCCACAAUCUCACCAACACCAAUCAAUCAUUCUGCCCCAAUCCACUGUCAUCACCAUCAUCAGAGCAUUUCCAAUUACUAAAUCAAAUCCCUAGCUUUUUGUG